GAAAGCAAAAGGACGAAAUCCCUUCCGGUUUCUCUGCGCUCGCUCGUCCUGUCUGACACCGUGCCGCCUCUAUGAACAAACCAAUGACAGCGCCACCGGUCUCUCUGGCGGACUCAUUUCAUAUCAACUUUAAUCAAUGAUUGGUUAAUGUUCUUGGAGCUAAAUUAUUUUGGAAUGUGUGCUGCAGCUAUUGAAUCAGAAGAUGAGGUCCCAUCACUUUUGUGGGGUUUGAAUCCAAUCUUUUCAUCCUAUGCAAGACUAUACAUUAAAGACAUAUUAGAAAUAAAAGAGUCUAAACAGGUUCCAGGUAUAUUCUUUUACAACAGACAUCCAAUAAGACAAGUGGAUAUUUUUGGUACGGUGGUUCUAAUAAAAGAAAAAGAUUCCUUUUAUAUUUGUGGAGUGGAUGAUGGCACUGGUGUAAUAAGCUGUACCUGCUGGAAAAAUGCUUUAACAGAAAAGAAAAAAAUGUCAGAUUUGGAAUCUCAGCCAAGUACUUUAAGUGGUAUGAAUCUAACUGAUUUGAUAAGAAAUCUCCAAAUAGCAAUUCGAAAAAAAACAAUUCUGGAAAUUGGUGAUCUAAUCAGAGUCCGUGGUUGCAUUCGAAUUUACAGGCAACAACGGGAAAUCAAGGCUUCUGUGUAUUAUAAAGUUGAUGAUCCUAUGUAUGAAACUCAAAUUUCCAGAAUGCUAGAACUUCCUCGUUUAUAUAGGGAUAUUUAUGAUAAGAUAUUCCAGUUCCCAGAAGAAACACAAUGUAAUCAUGGUGCAUUAGAUGAACUGGGUUCUGUCAUGAAUCUGAGUAAAAAAAUAAGGGAUUUUCUAUUGAGGAACAAAAUUCAGAGCUUCUAUAUGCAGGAAUUAGAAACCAUUGAAGAUUUGGUAACAUUGGCCAAAAGAGGUGAACUUGGUACCACUGCUGAACAAACAGAUUCCAAAGCUGGUCCUUGCUCCAGACUGAUUAGAAAGUCAUUCAUGGAAGCAAUAAAGUUAUUGCAGAAAAAUGGUGUUCUUUUUCAAAAAUCAAACACUUCCCAAAAUAUGUAUCAUGUUACUGAACAGGAUACAGAAUUGCACAAAGUAACUCUUGAAGUUAUCAGAGCUGAUUGUAAGAGACCAAAAUAUGCUGAAAAAGGGUGCCAUCUUCGUCACAUACUCAGUUGUAUUCAGCAAAACUAUAAUCCUUAUAUCACUGAAGCUGUUGUCCAUUGUCUCCUUGAUUGGUUGGAGAUCAACAGUGAAGUUGUCACGACCAUGGAAGAAUACUAUACAGUCUUUUAAUCUAAGGGAAUGGAAGCCUGGAGCCAAACUUUAUUAUUCAGUGAUCUAUAACAUCACAGAUUUUACUAUGUACCUGCUGAGCUAUUUUUCUAAUUUAGAAGGUGAUGCAGAAUACAAAUCAUUUUAUUUUGUGGUAUUUUUAGUAAAUAUCAUUGUCUGACGCAUUUCUACUUUGUCUAAGAGCAAAAAAAAUACCAAGCAGUCAUGUAAAAGUAUGCUGCAACUGCCCCCUUGUGGUGGGAUAGAAUUAAAAAGAACAUAGUUAAAAAAAAACCCAACAGAAAGCAUGUACAGGGAAGAGCAACUUUCUGCCAGAGACCAAAAACACAAAA